AUUAAUUGAACAGUAAAGUUAAUCAACUACUGGAAUCAAACAAUCAACACUUUUGCAACUACAUCAGUUCAUCUACCAGUUACACUGUUAACCGAUAACCCAACAUAACCAGAUAACAAUUAACAUUGGACAAUGCACGACUAUUUGCCAGGUUUUAAUUUUCAUCGUAACGGUCUCAAGUUAAUUUAAAACCAAACAUUGAUCCUAAACACUCAAGUUUCUGUGCACUGCUGAUGUUUCUGGCUAAUCUUCCAUUCGUUUGCUCGAUAUUGUGAGACUUGAUCAUCAGGGGAGUUGACGACUAAUAAACCAACUAGUUUAACUAGUUAACCAAGAUUGAUAGACCCUAAUUAUAUCUCAAGGUUUCCCUUCUCCCCGCGUGUUCUUCCUCCACUCAAAUGUAUGAUCUGUUGACAAUGAUCACUUGCCUGUUGCUUGAUUAUGCUUGACACGAGGCUUUCCCAUUUUUUGUGGGUGACACAUCGACUGGUUUAUAAUGUGCAUCUGAUGGCCAACCAGUUCUACCCUUAGGCCUAUUUACAUGCUAAGCGAAAGAUGAACCCAAUGCGCAACACUCACAUGCCUUGUUGAAAAUCAAUAUUUACAGCGAAAUGAAAAAGGAUAAAUUGUUAGCUAAUGGUUUGGUCUCGUGGAUUAAUCAAGUACACCUUUAAUAUUGGUUCUUAUUACAACCUGUUGCGUAUUGUUCAUUAAGAUUCCCAAAAUAAGGGAAACACGAGGAGAUAGGAAUGAUGGUUAAACCUGUUACAAAGCAUGCUAUUGAUCUGUUGCACAUGAUAUUUGGAUUGAGAUCAUAACAUGAUCAAAUCCCUUGCUGAGUUUGGUUGGAAAAAUUACAAGUAUCUCGUGUUAAAUUAUCACCUAGCAAUGAAAAUUAAAAGGAGGAUUCAAGUCUCUUUGGGGGCGGAAAAGAUGAGACUCUAUCUCUUUCCAUGAGAUCAAUGAGCUUCGGAAUGGAUCACUACUUGCAUCCAAGUUAUUCAAGUCCAUCGUCAAGUGGUCUCAUUAAAUUGAUUGGCAACUCUGUUGAACAAUUAUCCAAUUACAUUCCAAGGAAAACAUUGUUAAAAGAGAGUCUUGAUGGCUUGUUGUUUAUGAUUAUCAUUUAUGGACAACAAGAUGAUACUUAUGAUCUUUGAAUAAAAUGGCAAAAAUAAAGAUAAAAAAUACAGAAUAAUUGACUAAUAUUUGUCUGUUGAUCCAGAUUGUGCUGGAAAACGUGACCACGUGAUGCUAAAUCAUCAUCUCCAAUAGCAUCACAAGGCUUGGAUACAUUUGUUUUUUCAAACAAAUUGUCAUGAUAUUCAAUAAUAUUUACAUUGAUCACAACAUUCAAUAUAAACAAUCAGACAGCCUUCAUAUUUUUAUAUUUGCUUUUAUUGGACAUCUUUAGCCUGUGAUGACGCUCAAUGGGAUGAACAUUAUCAUUUUCAAACCCAAAGGCUUAUUAGAGGACCCACAGUCUCAUCGUAUCAUCGAGAAGAGACGACGAGAUCGGAUGAACAAUUGCUUGGCUGAUUUGAGUAAACUAAUUCCAACCAGUUACUUCAAAAAGGGACGAGGCCGGAUCGAGAAGACAGAAAUAAUCGAGAUGGCCAUUAAACACAUAAAGCACUUGGAGACUCAUAAUAAAGUUAAUUGUGUCGAUGUAAAUAGAUGUGAACUACGAUUAAAUGAAGAAGAGAAAAAGGAAGAGUUUCGACACGGAUUUCGAGAAUCUAUAUCCGAAGUAAUGCGUUUUCUGGUUGAAAUGAACGGUCUUUUACCAAGUGAUGUUUUAUGCCAAAGUUUGGUUAACCAUUUAGGAGACCAUUUAGCCAAAAUAAUGCCUCUUUCUAGCUGUGAAUCAGUGAUUCCAUCAGGUUCAACUGCAUCAGUACAGCAGCCAUGUUCAUCCUCUUCCUCUUCAUCAUCGUCCUCCUCCUCACCCUCCUCCAUAUCAUCUUGUAAUCCAAGUGUUGUUACAGCCAAAACAACGGCAACUAUAACAGAUAAUAGUUCAAUGAAUCAUGUGAAACAAGUUGGUGAAAUACGUGAAAGAUCAGCUUCAAUAUCGUCCGUCAUGUCAGAGGGAACCACAAGAUCUGGAUCAACACCAGCUCCGUGUAUUAAUAAGAUAAGUUCAUUUUCAGGGAAUCGCAAUAUUGAGAAUAUGAAAAUGGAAUCAAUAGACAACUGUUAUCUGAAUAAACUUGAAACUGGUGGCAGUCGAUUGAGAGACAUGUUGAAAAAUGAAACCAACACCAAUGCAGAUUCAGAUGUUACAAUGUCAGGUAUAACAACAACAACCAAUUCAAUGGCUGGAUCACCAUUUACUCCACUCUCUUCUUACAAUUACAAUUCAAAUUUAUAUUCCAAACCUUAUGGUUCAUCGGUUGAGGUAAUUACUAAAAAUUGUAACAAUAUUAUUUCAGAUUAUCCUAAAAAAUCGUCAGAAUCUUCCAAUGGCCUGACUCGAUCAAAUUCAGUUUCACCAUCAGCUGAACAUCGUUUCUAUAAAAAGGGAAUCAAAGAAAGAUUUCAAUUAGCAAUGAAUCAAGAAUUUAAACGAUCAUCUGAUUCAAAUACUCAACCUACCAACAACUGCUCCAAUGGAUUUGGACAAUCAUCUUUAACUGAAAAUCGAACCUCAUUAUCCAAUUCACGUUCGUAUGAAGGUAAACAUAUAUCACCUGUAGGAUAUCAUAGUAAUUCACAAAAUAUUCACAAUUUAUCAUCAUCUUCAUCGUCUUCCUGUUCAACAUCCUCUUAUUUCUCUACAGCAAAUCUCCACAACAUCGGUAAGGUUUUCAAGUACAAGGAAAAAAUUGUCACCAGCAUUCCAGCAUUUGCUUUGCAUCCUAAUGGCACUUUUUAUAUUCCACUGUCGAUCAAUCCUCAAUUAAUAUCACAUUGGUUCACCUGUUCCGAAUCAGAGGAUCUCUAUUCAGUCCUUCAUCCUGUUAAUAUUCCAGUUAACUUCAAUUAUCUUCAUAAAUUGAACCAUUUAUGUCCAUUAGAAACAAUUGAAGCAUCGCCAUCUUAUUCUCACAAUGAAAACCAGCAAUCAAAUGUUAGACAUCAACCUGGACAAUCACAUAUUUUGCUAACAGCUAAUUAACCAUUCAAUUAACAAUGUAACAGAUAAUGAAAUAGUUGAUACAAACAGUAGUCAGUAAAGAAUAAUUAAUAAAACAUUUUGUAAAUUAAAUUAAAAUUCAGUGAUUCAUUAAAGAAUAAUAUUCCAA